AUGGAACAUUCAAUGACCUCCGAAUCAAAUCAACAACAACUCUAUCAAUUUUGUGGGUACGAACUGAAGAUUACCCAAGAUUUCAAACACUUAACCGUACCAGCGAUGAUCUGGGACGCUGGGAUCGUACUCUGCCGGUAUUUUGAGGAAACGCGCAUCAACUUUACUGGGAAGAAAGUGAUUGAACUGGGGUCUGGCACUGGGCUCGUGGGGAUUCUUGCCAGCCUCUUGGGUGGAGAGGUUACAUUGACAGAUCGGCCGAACGUCCUGAAUCAGAUUGUGUACAACGUGAAUAGUAACAUCCCCUCUGAACUCAUAGCGAGAACAAAGGUUAGUGCCCUCCAGUGGGACCAUCCACACGACCAGUAUGCCUCUAAGUAUGAUAUUAUCAUUGGCUCGGAUAUCGUCUAUGAUCCACGCCAAUUCCAGCCACUUAUAAACAUGCUGUUACACCUGAGCAACCCGGACACCGUUAUCUACUUCAGUUCCAAGCUGAUUAAGAAUAUAGCGGCGGUUGUGUUUUAUGAAAAAAAACUACCAAUGCACUUCGACUUCGAAAUUGUUCAUACACUUCCACAUCAAUUAAUUAACGUUUACAAAAUCACCCGGAGAAUUGACAGCGACUAG